AUAUGGUUUACUUGGAGCUUCGGGUUGCGGAAAAACCACUCUUCUCUCCUGCAUAGUGGGUAGACGAAGACUGAACGCCGGGGAAAUUUGGGUUUUGGGUGGAAAGCCUGGAACAAGAGGUUCGGGUGUUCCGGGCAAACGCGUCGGCUACAUGCCGCAAGAAAUCGCCCUCUACGGCGAGUUUUCCAUCAAGGAAACCAUGCUGUACUUUGGUUGGAUCUUCGGGAUGAAUACGCCGGAAAUCAUUGACCGACUGCAGUUUCUGCUCAACUUUCUCGAUCUGCCCAGCCAGAGCAGAUUAGUGAAGAAUCUCAGUGGAGGGCAACAGCGGCGAGUUUCGUUUGCAGUGGCUCUGAUGCACGAUCCAGAGCUGCUUAUUCUGGAUGAGCCCACUGUUGGAGUGGAUCCUUUGCUCAGACAGAGCAUCUGGAACCAUCUGGUGCAAAUCACCAAAGACGGCAAUAAGACUGUGAUCAUUACCACUCAUUACAUUGAAGAAGCCAGACAGGCCCAUGCGAUUGGACUAAUGAGGAGCGGCAAACUUCUAGCAGAAGAAGCUCCCCAUGUUCUACUCACCAUGUACGGUUGCACGUCCCUUGAGGAAGUUUUCCUCAAACUCUCCAGGAAACAGGCACAAGUGGGCGGGAGUGUUGGAGCGGCCGUAGGACAAACUGAUAACAACAUCAGCAGCAACAUCAGCUUAGCGACACUAAACUGGGGGAAAAAGGAGCCGAUUUCCGUAACCGAAGAAAGUGGAGUUGUGGGCUUGAACUUCCACCAAAGCAAAGAAGUGCUUGUCCAGGAAUCCAACGGCCAUUUAGAUUUUGCAGGAAAAGCCUCUUCGGCAAAGCAUGGGCUUCAAGAGAUGUGUGAAGAUUGCGGCAACUGCAGCGAAUGGACGACCACCGGCAAAAUACGGGCGCUUCUGGUGAAGAACUUUUUGAGGAUGUGGCGAAAUGUGGGCGUGAUGUUGUUCAUAUUUGCCCUGCCCGUGAUGCAAGUGAUACUCUUCUGUCUGGCAAUUGGAGGCGACCCUCGGGGACUGAAGCUGGCUAUUGUAAAUAACGAAGUUGACUAUCUGAACCAAACGUUCCAGUCGUGCGGCUUUGAAGAAGGCUGCAAGUUCUCGAACCUGAGCUGUCGGUAUGUGCAUGCCAUGAACAGCAGCACGAUAUCCAAGAACUACUAUCCUAACAUAGAUUUAGCCAAGGACGCAGUGCGCAGAGGAGAAGCAUGGGGCGCGGUGCAUUUCACCGAAAACUUCACCGAUGCUUUAGUGGCCAGAAUAGCGCUGGGGAAGGAAAGCGACGAAGAAACCCUCAAUCAGAGCGAAAUCCGAGUGUGGCUUGAUAUGUCCAAUCAGCAGAUCGGCAUAAUCCUCCAAAGAGAUCUGCAGCUGACGUAUCAGAACUUCACCAAAGACCUGCUAAGGGAUUGCGAUCAAAACGAAGGACUAGCUGAGGUGCCGAUUUCGUUCAAAAAGCCCAUUUAUGGAUCAAAUCAGCCGUCGUUCACAGACUUUGUGGCACCUGGAGUCAUACUAACAAUUGUGUUCUUCUUGGCCGUCGCUCUAACAUCUUCCGCGUUGAUCAUUGAGCGAAUGGAGGGUCUACUGGAUCGGUCCUGGGUAGCAGGAGUGUCGCCAGGAGAAAUCCUCUUCUCCCAUGUGGUGACCCAGUUUGUGGUGAUGUGCGGCCAAACAACGCUAGUGCUGAUUUUCAUGAUUUUGGUCUUCGAAGUGGAAUGCAAAGGCGACAUUUUCAUCGUAAUCAUCUUGACCAUCCUGCAAGGUUUGUGUGGAAUGUGCUUCGGUUUCGUGAUAUCCGCAAUCUGCGAGUUGGAAAGAAACGCCAUCCAGUUGGCUCUUGGUAGUUUCUAUCCCACGCUGCUUCUCAGUGGAGUGAUUUGGCCAAUUGAAGGUAUGCCGACGGUUUUAAGGUAUAUUUCGACUUUCUUGCCGCUCACGUUAGCGACAACAUCUCUUCGAGCAAUGAUGACCAGAGGAUGGUCGCUUCUAGAACCAGAUGUUUACUUUGGAUUCAUCUCGACAGUGGUCUGGAUAGUGGUCUUCUUGUCGAUCAGUUUAAUCGUCCUUAAAGUUAAACGAGGCUGAAGGAUUGCUGCUCAAUUCUUAAAUUAUUUGCACACAUGUUCAGAAUCAGUAUUUUGAAUACCAUAUACACGGAGAUACAAGUUCUUGGUUAAGGUUUGGUCAUAUUCGUACGGUUAGUGAAUGGAAUUUUGGAAAAUUUGGACUUUUUGCAAUUAUUUAUAACGUGCCUUGCCUUUCCUAGAUAAUAAGCUGUAUAGAAAAUCGGUAUAGAAACGUAGAUUGUAACUAGUGUUAAUUUUGUAUUUUUCUACCAUUUUCCAUUUUGGGCAAAUCGUAACAAGUCAAUUAACAAUGUGAUUAAUCGGGGAAAGUUCAAAAUGUGUUCACCUCUCCAUGACCAUGUCCAUGAGUUAUUCAAAGAACGCACAACUUGCUUAAAUCGACUCGAAUUGGACACAAUUCGAGAAAUAUGAUUGUCAUUAUGUUUAAUAGCUCACUUUACUACUUGGAUAUUUACAUUUGUGUUCUAAGUGGUCAUUAUUAAACCUAUUAAUAGGGAAAUUAUAUUGGAAAAUAAAAUUGUAAAUGUAUAUGCGUAUCGGUCCGUAAGGAAUUGUUAAAAACUAAAUAUAAGACGUGCUCAAAUGUUAUUUUGUACUUUGUUAUUAGUUGUGGUUUGUGAUGUAUGUGUUUGUUAUAGAAAGUAAAUCAAAUAAAACGAUAAGCAAAUA